UUAAUUUUAGACUCCACAUGCGGCAGAGCCAAACGGUGCCCAGCUGAAGUCAAAGUCAGAGGCUUCUCAGUUUGCUCUAUCCUGAGUCAUAGAUUGGAGAGAAUUUAUCCCACCUUUUGAUAUCAACAGAAGAAAGAAGUUAGGCAAAUAUGUCAAACAGUAAUGACCUCGAGGAUCUCAAAGAAGAGGAUAUUGACGAGGAUGAAAUCCUUGCUAUGCUUUCACCGGAGGAGCUUACGGAGCUCCAGAGAGAGAUGGAUGUUAUUAUUGCCCCAGAUGAGAGGGUACCUGUGGGACAGAGACAAAAGGACCAGACGGAGAAGCCUCCGACUGGGUCGUUCGACCACCGAUCCCUGGUUGGUUACCUCCACUGGGAGAAAGAGUCCAACCGUAUGCUUGAGGAAGAAAGAGUGCCUGUUACUCUGCUGCCCAGUGAGAACACUUUGAGGGAGGAAACUGAGAAGAACCCCAAAGAAGAAGAUGUGGAAUAUGAAAUGAUAGAGGAAGGCAUUGAGGAAGAAGCUGUUAAUGGUACAGAUGGAGAGGAAAUUACAGAGAUUAUUGAGGAAAUUAUUGAAGAGGUUAAUGAGAGGGAUGAAAAAGACAAAGGGGUGGAUGUGAAAGAGAAGGAAGGGUUAAAGUCACCUGUGAACACAGACAAACAUGAAAAUACUAACAAACAUGUAGAUUCUCCAGACACCAACACAGAAAAAGUACCAGAAAACAAUACAGAUGACAAUCAGCCUGUUUCAGACACAAAGCAGAAGAGUGAGAGCGUAACCCCAAAACACAGCACAUCACAAGUUGAAGAGAAAGAGGAAAUUAAAACUACUGAGUCUUCGCUUCCCAAAGAGGCCUCAGAGCAGCCGGAGAUAAAGGAAACCAAUGAUGAGCUCCCGCAGAAAGACGAGAGACAAAUUAACAAGUUAAAUAUUCCAAAGCUGGCCUUCAAUCAUAUAAAAAUGACAUCAAGACCCUCAGGAAAUGAGACAAACUUGGAGUCGACACUGGACAAAAUCCGCAACAACAACCCUUCUAUCACUGAGGUCAACCUCAACAACAUAGAAAACAUUCCCAAAGAGAUGCUGUUAGACUACGUCAACGCCUUGAAGAAGAACAAACAUGUGAAAACCUUCAGCAUAGCCAACACCGGUGUUGAUGAAAACAUAGCUUACAACCUAGCCAACAUGUUACGAGAGAAUCGCGGCAUUGCGACUUUGAAUAUUGAGUCCAACUUCGUAACUGGAAAGGGCAUCGUGGCCAUCAUCCGCUGCCUCCAAUUCAAUGAGACCCUCACAGAGCUGCGUUUCCACAACCAGAGGCACAUGUUGGGUCACCACUCAGAGAUGGAGAUCUCACGCCUGCUCAAGGCCAACAACACCCUCCUGAAGAUGGGCUACCAUUUCGAGCAGCCGGGGCCCAGGAUGGUGGUGACCAACCUGUUAACCAGGAAUCUGGACCGCCAGAGGCAGCAGAGGAAGGAGGAGCAGAGGCAGCAGCAGGUGAAGGAGCAGAGGGAGCUGAUGCAGAUGUAUGAGAAAAGUCUAAACCUGCCUCCUGGUUUACUUGAGAUGCUCGGCUACAUACCGCCUCUGGAGGACCUGCAGGAGCAUGGGCUUGUCCCACCCUCGUCAGAACCGAGCACUGUACCGCAAACGCAACGGCAGACAGCGCGGCCAGAGCCUCAGAAGCAGCACAAACACAAGAGCACUCCCACGCAACCCAGUGCCGAACCAGCAAACGCAUUGAGGGACGUCAAGCUGAAGAGGACUCCCAAGAAGCGCGACCCUUUUCUGGACCUGGACCCAAGGGAUAACAGCCGACCAGAGAGAGCAAGUUUCCAACUGAGGAAGACUCCCAAAGUGAAGGAUGUAGGCAAUGGAGCAUUGGGAGAGGAAAAAGCAAACCUGACUGACUUGAUUAAGACUUUAAAGCCCGUCCCUCGCAGACGAUUACCACCUAAGGUUGACGACACACCCCGCGAUCAGCUCCUUGGUGCGAUCAAAAAGAGCAGCGUGGCCUAUCUCAAAUCUGUGCCGCUCCCUAAAGUCCUGGAAUCAAGUGAAACGAGUCUCUUCUGAAGCUGCAGCUUCAGCUGUUUGUUCUCUUCUAUGUUUAUUUUACACCUAUCCUCGAAUCAACUGUGCAAAAUAAGACUGAACUACACUUUCAUUUUGCAUAAAAAUAAUAUUGUCUGGUUGUUGUUUAACUCUUGUGUUGUUCUCAAACUAAAUGCUGUAGUCUUUAGGAAGUCGUAACAACAAAGGUAUACAAAUUAAGAACACCCUAAAUUCAAUUGACAUUAAAAUGUUUGACCUCUUUUGUCAUUUGCUUUUGCCAUUGAUAUAUUUCUUAACAUGGUGUGCUAAAAUAGAUUUUUAGAGUAGGUUUCAUUAAAUGCUAGAUGAUUUAUUUUGGAACAAACCUGUUCCACAUAUUUGCAUUUUGCUAUAAAAAAAAACUUUGCCCAGGGAUUCUUUGUCUUUCUUUUUUGUUUUGUUUUUAUUAUUAAAAUGGAAAAGCUCUUCGUGCCAAACGUAAUGGAUCCCCAGGGAAUCAUUGCAGGUUCUGGCAGUUGCUUUUAGCCAUUUCUCUUAAAGGUGCAGAUAUGAAAAUAGACAAAUUACUUAAAGGGAGAUGACUCUGAAUCCUGAAAAAUUAUGCCAUGCGGAUAAUUAGUCAAACUGAAUUGAACGGCGUGCACUAUCCUGGAGGGGAUAUUCAUUAGUUCACUAUUCAGCCCGUUAUGAAUUGCUUUUUCAUUUGUUUCAGGAGUAGCUUAUGUUCACUACUUUGUUUUCAAAGAAAGAUUUAACCCAAAUAACACAAAAACUUUAUUUUAUAAAUAAUGAAUGUCUAUAUAUUCACACAGAGACGGAAUUGGGAAAUGACUGCAACAUAAAUUAGGUAAAUAUUUGUUUUAUAGAGGACAGCCAUGUUUUGCUUCCAGUUCUGUGAUUCAAUCAUCACUUUUCAAGAAUGAAAAAGUCACAUAAAAACCAAAAAUAUAUAAUAUAGCAUCAAUGUAACACACACUUUUUGAAGUGCCAUUUGUGAGGGUAGCAUGCACAAACUGCAGUUAAUGUGCAGGUGUGGAGAAGUAAAAGGAAACAACAGAUCUUCAGGAGUAACAGUAGAAAAUGAACACUUAUUACAGAUUUCAGAUUUGUUUUCUUACUAGAAUAAGGGCUUUGAUCCCAACAGUGAAUGGGAAAAUACUAGCAUGAUCAUUUAAUUAAUUUAAUUAGUAAUUGUUACUUAUUGCCAAAAUGAUGUUGGCUACUUUGUAUCCUGUAGCCCAUUUU